AUCAUAUGGACUUUCCUAUCAUAAUUUUUACGACAUUUCCAAACGAAAAAGAGGCUGAUUCAAUAUUAAAGACGUUGUUGGAUAAGAAAUUAGUUGCUUGUGCCCAGAAAACCUUCCAAGUUGAGUCUAAGUACCUAUGGAAUGGACGAGUAGAAACUGACAGAGAGGUACAAACUAAGAUGACUACAUUUCACGGUUAUAUUCCGCAAAUUGAACGUGUUAUGUCUGAGAUGCACUCAUACGAUGUUUAUCAGUUCAUCGUUGUAAAGUUGGACUAUGUAAAUGAAAAAUAUCUAAAAUGGAUGAAAGAGGUCAUUGACAGCAAUAAGGAAUAAACUUGGUUUCAUUAUGGUAUUGCUUCGAACCAUAAGCGUUGAGUCGAGCAAUCUGUACACGAUGUGUAUGCAGCUUAUGUUCAUAGUUUUAACACAGCUACAUUGUGAAAAUAUAGAUUGUAAAUGGUGGGCAACGUCGUCUUCUAUGUCCAUGCUAUUUUUUAAGUGGAACGCA